UUUAUUUCUUCAGUUUCAGUAGCAUACUGUAAAUCCAUCAACAAUGAAAAGGCUGAUUCAUUUGCUGAUUUUCUCAGGACUCUGUUUGUUCACUCAGAGCAUCUCAUGUCAGUAUAUUCUCAUCCAGACACAGAUGAGCUGGGACGAGGCACAAUCUUACUGCAGACAGAAUUAUUUUGACUUGGUUACUGUUCAAAACAAUGAGGAUUGGAAAUUGCUACAAGAAACAGUUCAAUCUGCAACGGUCUCAGCAGCUUGGACUGGACUGUACAAUGACAUUUAUAGCUGGCGGUGGUCUUAUCAAGAUGAAAAUGUGACAUUCAAUUCUUGGUAUACUCCAGAGCCAAACAAUGUAUUAGGAAUAGAAGAAUGUGGUAAUACAGAUUCAACAGGAUGGAGUGAUUGGCCAUGCACGUCUAAACAUCCCUUUCUUUGCUUCAAUGAGACGGCAACUGUAUCAGACAGGUUUGUUUUAAUCACUGAUGAGAUGACGUGGCCUGAAGCUCAGAACUACUGCAGACAGAAUUACACAGACCUGGCCACCAUUCAGAAUCAAGCCGAUAAAGACCUGCUGACAACAAAGAUUGGGACAAAUACUCAACCAUGGAUUGGUCUCUUUAGGGACUCGUGGAAGUGGUCAGAUGGAUCAAAAGUCUCCUCCAUUAGGUGGAAGUCUAGUACCCGUAACACAGAUGGGAAGGAUCAGAGACCUUGUGGUGCUGCAGGUCCUGAUGGUCUGAUAGUUGAUCAGUUCUGCUCAGAUCCUCUUCCAUUCAUCUGCUUGAAGUAUUCAAAAAAGCAGAUUGUGAGAACGGAGAUCAAAUCUGGUCUGAAUCUAAAUGAUCCUGCAGUGAUGGAGAAGAUCUUACAGUUGGUAAAGUAUUCAACUAUUUGUGUUGAACACUAAAAGACA